AUGGGUAAAAGAAAAUCAUCCAAACCACCUCCAAAGAAAAAGGUCAUAGGAAAGAUCCCAAAGUACUUUGAUUGUCCUUUCUGUGACCAUUCUCAAAGUGUAGAAUGUAUCAUUAAAAGAGAAAAUGGUAUUGGAACAGCUACAUGUAGAAAAUGUAAUGCAAAUUAUUCAACUCAAAUUAAUGAUUUGAGUGAUCCAAUCGAUGUUUAUACUGAUUGGAUUGAUGCUUGUGAAGAAGCCAACAGAGCCUAA